AACAAAGCUCCGGCGCCAAGCAACCUCAGCCGGUACCUUUCGUCGCCACGAAGACUGACAGAGACCCUCUCUUAUUUUAUUUUUUUCAGUUUCUAAAAAUUAUAUUAGCUGGAUAGUCUUGCGCUUACCUCACAAAACAAAAAGAAAUUGAAGCUGGAGAGUCAACAAUAAAAUAGAGAGGGAGAGAAACAAGAAGGACGAAUCGGGGCUGUUUCCGUUUUCUUGUUUGAUCUGUUUUCGCUAUUAACAGUUUCUUUGCUAAAUAGAAAGAAACCGAGAGAGAGUAGAGGAGGGAUCUAUAUUCAUAGAGAGCAGCAGAUCAAAGCGAAGCCUAAAACAGAGAAUUCAGUAUAUUUUUGCGCCGACGAUAUGGUGGGAAUUUUUUCCAGACUCUCCGUCGGACGAGCUUCUCACAGACGAACUCAAAGCGCCCUUCAGGAUGAUAGGGAAGCUUUGCCCCCUAGUACAGAACUGGCCGGCUCGGAGGCUGUGGCUUCCGCUGCUGCUCCCCAUGGGAUUCAGGUGACGGUUGAGUUUAAGCCAGUCGAACACCCGAUUGAGCCUCUCGACAAUGAUCAGCCUAUUCAGUGUCCAGUACCUGAACCUUCAAUUCUUAAUGAUGGGCGAAUAUGGAAAGAGAGGGUAUCUGCAACCGUGAGAAGACGAAACGACUUGCCAGUCAUGAGAGAAGAUGGUGGUGGUACCCCUGAACCGGAAUCUGCAGGCUCUCGUCGACCCCCUCCCAUGCGCUCGUCAAAUCGGUUGAUUCUACCAUCGGUCAGUGCCCCUGAACAUAAUCUACUCAAGCUGCUGGAAGAAUGUAAUGCUUCUGGAAUCUAGAAACCCGGACUUGGCGGUUGCCCUACAGAUUAACCGUCGAUCUCUGCUCGCCAUUGUAUAUUUAUUACAGUAAAUAGUGUAAAAAUUGAACCUUUUGCUGAUUGUAAAAUCUGUCACAAAAGUUCAGCUCUCUGUUGUGCUGACAAUUGUUGCCAGCAUUUUGGGUGAUCAGACAGUUACAAUAUUGAGGUAUUUCUGCAAUUGACAUGCACUUGUUUCAGUGCAUGCUAUCAUAUGAUUAUCAAGCUAUCAAAUGAC